AUGAGCGCGGGUCCUUUGAACGAUGGCAUCGUGCCGCGCGAUGCGUCCGCGCGCUCCUUUUCACGCUCUUCCUCCAGGGCGCUGUCGUCCAAGUCGAGCAGCAUCCUUCUGGCCGCGAACUCCUCACCCCUGGGCCGGCGGUUUGCGGGCAUGUCCGGCAACGGCUCACCGAUACGCGGUAGGCGCACGCCUGUGUGCUUCUUCUCCGAUAGCGACGUCGGGCUCUGCGGCUCUCCCGUCGACGAGCAGCAAGAAGAGUUCCGGCGCAUCGAGGAGUUGCUGCAGCGUAUGCGUGGCGGGAAGAACGACGCCAGCCGCACGGCGCCCGCGCCGUUCCAAGAAGUGACGUAG